UGAAGACGAAAGUAAACAGCUUGCAACACUUGCAAUGUCGCCUGAAAGUGUGAGGUGGAGCCUGUGCUGGCGUUCGACGUGAGGCACACUUGAGGCACGCCUCAAGGCAUACCUCAAGGCACGCCUCAAGGCAGAGGGCUGCAAAUACCAUGGGUUGUGCUCCGAGCACUCACAAGAAACGAAGACCUCGAGACGAUCAUCUCAUUGAUGCUUCUGGAGGCAAUGAUAGAGAUAGAUCCUGCAGAGUGAAAAGGGAUAGUGAGGCGAUCAUAUACAGUCCAACUGUGAGAGACGAGCAGGAGGGAGGCAACAGUGCAACAUGUGGCAGCGUGUGGGACUGGUGCUGGGGGCAUGCAACAUGUUGCAAGCACAGCCGGUCACACAGGUAUCCUCUGGUGCGCACAAAUCUCAAAGCACAAGAACAGACUACUGAUUCGGCUUCAGAUGGAGAACAACUCCGCCCCCGUACGUCAUUGGUCCCGCAGCCCGUCAAGGUGCUGCUUGUGUUCUACAAGGAUGAUAGUACUUGUCGGGCAUUGGCAAGUGCGGCAGAUAGACUCGGCUACGGUCGUGAGGUGAUCACCAGUCAUGAAUUGGCCGUCGACGUCUAUCAGGCGCAUGCGUUUCUGCCGCAUGUCAUCAUCGUCGACAUGCGAUACCCCAACUUCCACGGUGAACAGUUGUGCAGAGCUCUGAAGAGUGAUAAAAAGAAAUCGCCUGAUGUUUUGCUGGUAGCCAUUAUGAAUAAAAAGGCAGUCAAGAGUGAAAAAGAUUUGAAGUCAGUUCUGAACUAUGGAUUUGACAGGGUAUUGGUUGAACCUUUCACGAAACUUCAGAGCGUAUCUCAGCUUUUGCAGCUCUGUUCAGAUGAAAUCGACAGAUUGGCUCUGCAUUCUCAGAACACUCUGCUCACAUUAAGCUUGGAAAGAAGUCGGGAUCUCAUACUAAUCACGGACCAACAUCAUACUAUACAGUACGUGAACAAGACAUGGUGCUCGGUUAUCGGCUACCGUGCAGAGGACGUGAUAUCCCGUCCGGUGCAGAGCUUCCACCACCUGGGCAACAUGGAGACCGUCCUGAGGCAGGUGGAGAGAGGCAACGAGUGGGAUGGCAAGGUGGGCUGGAAGAGCAGGCACGGAGAGAGCAUACUGCUACAGUGUCAUGCUUCUCCCUUCUCGCUUAUGGGAAAAGAACCAACAAACUUCCUCUACGUUCAGGAGAAUCCACAAGAUAGCCAUGGGUUUCCUCGAGGCAGCAUCAACUCCUUGAGAAAAGGCUCUUACGAUCUGAAAUCUAUCACCAGUGACGGGUCAGCUUCAGCGAGGAGACAGAGUUUGGCGAAGUUACACAAUCUGCCGAUAGAGGCGCCAAUCACCAAAGUUAUCACUCUCAUCUGCGCCGCUCAGGAGAGUUCCACUGGGCCUGUCAUACAGCUACUUGACAAGGUUUUGGAAAUCCUGCGUACCACAGAACUGUACUCGACUCAUUUGAAGAACAAUGAUAAUCUGAAGUGUGAUGACCCUGUCACAUCGGAUUUGAUAGGAGCUCUUAUCACGCAGCCAGGCCCCUUGCCGAUGUCGUCAGUUCGCCGGAGUUCGGACUCCUCAAAUUUGAAACACUCGAUCCUGAACCAGGGCGGCAAAUCGUCGACUUUCUUUUCGAUGACUCAGUCGAUCAAGGACGUUCUAGACAGUUCGCUCAACUGGGAGUUCGAUAUUUUCAAACUUGAGGAGGUCACUGGUAGACGACCCCUGGCCUACCUAGGCAUGAACCUGCUGACGCAUUACAACGUGAACAAGACGCUGGGCGUCGAUGAACGCACCCUGUUCAACUGGCUGUCAGUGAUCGAGCAACACUACCACAUCGACAACUCCUACCACAACUCGACGCAUGCAGCUGACGUCAUGCAGGCGACGUCCGUCUUCCUCGACAGAGAACGCAUCAAGCGGUCGUUGGACGACCUUGACGAGGCCUGCUGUCUCAUUGCGGCCGCCUGUCACGACAUCGACCACCCCGGCAAGUCCAGUGCUUUCCUGUGCAAUGCUGGCAACGACCUGGCAAUAUUGUACAACGACAUCUCUGUUCUGGAGUCGCACCAUGCAGCGCUCACCUUCAAACUCACACUCAAGGACGAACGUGUCAAUAUUUUCAGAGGCCUGGAACGUGACACAUAUAAAGUUGUGCGACAAAAUGUGGUCGAUAUGAUUCUGGCAACGGAGAUGACCAAACAUUUCGAGCACAUCUCAAAGUUUGUCAGCGUUUUCAACAAGCCGACAAUGGCCAUUGAAGAGGGGUCGCAAUCCGAAAUCAAGAGCCCCAGCGAGACAGGGGGUGACAUCAUUCUAGCAAUCAAUCAAGAAGAGGUGAACCUAAUCAAGCGCAUGAUGAUCAAAUGUGCUGACGUGUCAAAUCCCACCAGGCCACUGCAACAUUGUGUUGAAUGGGCCAGGAGAAUUGCCGAGGAAUAUUUUACUCAGACUGAUGAGGAGAAGGCCCGCCACCUUCCAGUUGUGAUGCCCAUGUUUGACAGGACAACGUGCUCAAUACCCAAAUCCCAGAUGGGAUUCUUCGACUUCAUUGUAAAUGAUAUGUUCGAAGCAUGGGAUGUAUUCGUUGACAUGCCAGAGCUGCUCUACCACCUGCGUCAUAACUACCAAUUCUGGAAAGACAUGGAGGAACGAGGACAGACCACUAUGGACAAAUUGCCCACUGUUGGCUCCAAAUCCAGCCUCCCUAACAUUCCAGAGAAUAGCGGCAGCAGUGAGCACUGAACUUAGAAAUUGGUCUUAUCAGAAGAUAAAUUUCCUAUUUCAAACCUCUGUUGCUGGAUUGGGAACGCGACAAGGUGUCACCACGUGAACUCGUCACCGACGGACGACAACCUGUCACCUUUUCUGAAAUCGGUCUUUAAGGUGAUGGGUUGCGUCGAAAGUGGGUUUCCUCUAUUGCUGGAUUGGGAAUGAGACAAGGUGUCACCACGUUAACUCGUCACCGACGGACGACAACCUGUCACCUUUUCUGAAACAUGUCUUUGAGUUGUAAGGUCGACGUUGACACAUGGGUUUCCUCUGUUGCUGGGUUGGGAAUGCGACAAGGUGGUACCACGUCAACUUGUCACCGACAGACGACAACCUGUUACCUUUUCUGAAACCGCGGUUUUAGGUGAUGGUGGACACUGACAACUGGGUUUCCUCUGUUGCUGAAUUUGGAAUGUGACGUGGUGUCACCACGUCAACCUGUCACCUACUGCGAUGCUGCUGAUUAUCUGUCCCCUUAUGAAUCCAAUUUUCAAGGGGGUGAUGGGUUGACGCCCACAACUCAGUUCCACCAAUCAGGAUUCUACUAGUUGGAAUAUCUUGGAAGAAGCUGAUCAUAUCUACCAAUAAGAAGGCUAUAUUGCACUUAUUCCAUAGAAUUGUACCCAAUUCUAUGACUGAUUCCUAAUCAACUAAGAAUAUUAAUACAGAAAUAUAUUCAGAUCUGUUGAAUCUGAUCCCCAGAAUGAAUAUGUCAUAUUUUUUUGUUACCUCAGUAUUUUUCUGAUGUCUGCUGUAAUAUUAGAAAGUGUAGCCCAGAAACAUCAUGCAUAUGGUAGCCUAUAUGUGUUUUUUCAAACUUAUUGAAUGUUGUUUGUGCUACAAAUACCCUCCAGUCACCUCAAUAGCUAAACAGACUGUCUGUCGUCCCUUAUUUACUUCCAAAAAUGUCAAAAAUUCACCUUCAUAGGUCAAAAAUAUACUGUCACUAUACAGAGUUCAACGGAGCAAUUGGAAGAGAAAAUAUUGUUCGUUCAUGAAGGCAAGAAGAAUUGAAUAGUUGGGACAUGUGGUGAGAAUGGGGGACGAGAGAGGCUCAUUAAAAAUGAUAUGGAUGAAAGGAUGAUUGGAACUAGGAAAAGGGAAGACCAAGAAGAAUAUGGUUGAAUGACUGUUGGAUGAUCUCCGUUUGGUGAAAGUGGUGAACUGGCGGAGGAGAGCACAGGAGCGCGAUGUAUGGAGGCGCUAUGUUGACGAGGCAGUACGCGGUAUUAAUAUGGGAUGAGACACUCUGUCUAGCUAUGGUAUUUUCAUGUUGUAGAAUUCUACCCUGACUGAACUAUCCUCUAUCGUCGAUGUGAAAAAAUUAUUUAUUUAUUCUCGAUAAUAAUAACAAGCCUAUUGUAAUCUAGGUUCUCUUUUUGUAACCGAAUGUGUACUUAACUAUAUACUGUCAUAUAAAGAAUAUUGUAUUCUUCCUUUGUCUAUCGCCUACCUACUUUCGAUGGAUAUUUGUAUAAUAUAAAUAAAUGUAUAUUUAAAUGUAAUAUGAAUGUGGAGCUGUGUAAAAAGUGUCUUCAAAUGUCGAUGAAAAAAGUAAACACGUUUCGAAUUUUUAUAUUGUA